AUGUCUGAUCAAUUUGGAGGCAUCCAUGAAAGCUGCUUCUUGUGGGAAAAUCAACCAUGGGAUUUCUCGAAUUCGGAUAACUCGGGCGGGAGCAAUGAAAAUUUGGUUAAAAAACUAGCCGAUUCGAGUUCAAACAGCCCGAAGCGAAGCAAGAAUGGAAAGGGAAUUAGUACUGGUGAGAUGAAUGAAGAAGGAAAGGGUGGUGGUGGUGGUGGUGGUGAGUCAGAUCACGAGAUACAUAUAUGGACAGAGAGAGAGAGGAGGAAGAAGAUGAGAAACAUGUUCUCUAAUCUUCAUGCUUUGCUUCCUCAACUCCCUCCUAAGGCGGACAAAUCCACAAUUGUGGAUGAAGCAGUGAACUACAUAAAAACCCUACAACACACUCUACAGAAGCUUCAAAAACAAAAGCUAGAGAGACUCCAAGGUGUUGCGACUAUGAAUAAUUUCGAUACAUCUAUGAUCACCCAACCAAAGCUUGCUAUGGAGGUCACAAGGGAAGCAUUCUUAGCUGAUCAGGUAUCUUCCAGCUGUGACAAUAUGGCUAUGACUACAACAAACUCACUUUCGUUCUCUCGAUUCGCUACCACCUUUCAAACAUGGACUUCUUCCAAUGUCAUCCUGAAUGUUUGUGGCGAUCAAGCUCAAAUUAGCGUGUGCUCGACGAAGAAGCCUGGCCUCCUAACCAGAAUUUGCUUUGUGUUGGAGAAGUACAAACUAGAGGUGGUAUCUGCUCAUGUUUCAUCAGAUUAUAAUCGGUGUAUGUACAUGAUUCAAGCCCGUGCAAGUGGAGUUCCAGAUCAGUUCCCGGAGACAUUUCCAGUGGAAGAAAUAUACAAGCAAGCUGCAACAGAUAUAAUGGCGUGGGUUUCUUGCUGA